AUGCUCCGAGCACCGACGCGGAGUCCAGCUCUGCCGAGGGCCGCCGCGGGCGAUGUGGUGAAGCUUGCGAAGACCACAGGCCGCGGCGCAGCAGCGGCCGUGCCCCCGGAGGGCCCGCUGUCCGCCGCUUCAGCAUCCACGAGCUCGUCGCGCUCGGGGCCGCUGCCGCUUGCUCGCCUGCUGCGGCCUCCUCUGCCAGAGCCCACGGGCCCCCGCACGCAGAGGCUUCGGGCCGACCGCGCGAAGGCGCGCAGGGCUCGGCACGCGGUGGCGGCGGGCCAGGAGACUGCGGGGCCGCUGCUUCUCCAGAGGGGCCCGCACCAGCUGAGCAUUCCGGAGCAGGCCUCGGUGAAACCCUCGGUCGCCGCCUCGUGCAGGAAGAGCUACCACGAGUUCUCGAAGUGGGCGGCGCGGGAGCGAAUUCAGCUGCACACCGACGAGCAGCUGGAUGCGGCGGCCGUCGACUACCUCGACUCGCUCUACCUUGAGGGCUACGAGGCCGCGACGGCCGAGCGCCUCCUGGCCGCCAUCAAGUUCAUGCGGUUCCAGGUGCCUCUCGUUUUGGACUGCCUUGGGAAUGGACAGCUAUCUGCUAUAGCGGGCGCCCUCCUGGCUACACGGCGGAGGGAUGCUGCCCUGUGCCUGCUGACCUCCUACGACACCUACGCCCGCCCUGGGGAGGCCACGGAGGUCCAAGUUGGGGAUCUUGUCCUCCUUGCGGCCCGCCUCCAGGGCUACCGCCGCCUCUGCCUGGUGGCGCGGCCAGAGGAUCGCGGCCUGCCCCGCAAAGCGGGCAGUUUCGACGACACGGUGGCGGUGGAGGAUUUCGAUGCGCAGCUGUCGACCCACCUGGAGGAGCUGGCGCGGGGCCGCGAUCCCAGCGAACCGCUCUUCCGCUUGUCCGUCGCCCAAUACAAGGAGGCGUUCGAGGACGCAACGGACAUCGUGGGGCUGGGCGCCGAGCAGCGGGAUCUGGUUGCCAUUCAGAAGCGGGGCGGCUGGAAGACCUUCAACUCCGUGCGUCGAUGCGAAAAGUUCGGGAAGGUGCAGCAGGCGAUCAACAGGACUCCGCCAGAGACUCUGGCGUGCAGCCGCCUCGCUGUGAGGUGCCUCAACGGUUGGUUCCAUG